CUGGCGCGAAGCCCCGCCCCCUGGCUCGCGGCCGCGCCGUUGCGGCCGGGGGGGCGGGGCCGUCGCUUCCUGGCUGGCGGGGCCGGGCCGGGCCGGAGCCGUCGAGCCCCGGCCGCGGGGUGUCCCGGGCUGCCCCCGCGGCCCUCAGCAUGCACGACGCGGUCGCCAUCCCCGAGGAGGUCCGCAGCCUCCUCGCAGAUGUCGACACAUUUAUUUCCCAAACGCUAAAAGGGGAAAAUCUAUCCAAGAAAGCAAAAGAAAACAGGGAGGUUCUUCUUAAGAAGAUAAAAGAUGUUAAGGCAAGUUAUCCCCAAGAAUUCCAGGACAAAGAACUGGAAGGUGAGGAAGAGUUGGAGAGCUCAUUGCCUCCUGAUAGUGUGUCAAUAGCAUCUGACCGAUAUGAUAAAGAGGAUGAAGCACCUUCUGAUGGGAAUCAGUUUCCUCCUAUUGCAGCUCAAGAUCUUCAGUUUGUUCUGAAGUCUGGGUACCUUGAGAAACGCAGAAAAGACCACAGUUUCCUUGGCUUUGAAUGGCAAAAGCGUUGGUGUGCUAUCAGUAAGACGGUCUUCUAUUAUUACGGAAGUGACAAAGACAAACAACAGAAAGGUGAAUUUGCCUUAGAGGGCUACACCAUCAGAAUGAAUAAUAGUCUUCGGAAGGAUGCAAAGAAAGAUUGCUGUUUUGAAAUCUCCGCUCCUGAUAAGCGCAUUUAUCAGUUUACAGCUGCCACUCCCAAAGAAGCAGAGGAAUGGGUACAGCAAGUGCAAUUUGUAAUUCAAGAUAUGGAAUCUAAUACUAUUCCUGAGGAGAAGGAAGAGGAGGAAUAUGAUGAUGUUGGACACAUAAGCGGUGGAUCCCUAGAUGAUAGCAUUUAUGAAGAAGUUAAAGAAGAACGUGUUCCUUCAAAGACUGAAAUGCCAAGAAAACUGAGUGAGGAGGAAGUUACCACUGUUUCAGAUAGCAAAAAUACCGACUAUGCCAAUUUCUAUCAAGGUUUGUGGGACUGCUCAGGAGAUGAACCUGAUGAGUUGACAUUUAAACGUGGAGACGUUAUCUUCAUCCUCAGCAAGGAGUACGAUAGAUUUGGCUGGUGGGUAGGAGAAAUGAAGGGAACCAUUGGCUUGGUGCCUAAAGCCUACAUAAUGGAGAUGUAUGAUAUUUGAGAGGCCUGGGAGAAAUCUGCACUUGCAAUCAAGAAUGGGGUGCAGCUGCAGUUUAUAGACCCAGCCUCUGAAAGAAGAAGAUUCUGCCGUACACGUUUUGUGGUUUCAGCGAAUGUAGUCAGAUCGUUGCCUUGUGUGUAUUAAACAUUAAAACCUGUAAUUGAUCAUAAUUCUGCGGAAAUGUUCUUCUUAGCCGCUUUUUAUAGAAUCGUAAUGCUAGGAAAUGAAGUAGAUGGUAAUUAACAUAUGGGGCACAAGCAGCCAAAUAGUGCCUGUUGCUCUUUACUCAGGCAUAUUAGCAGCACUCUGUAUAGCUAUAACACUGUGUUCCUUUUGGGGGAUUUGGCUGUUUUUUCCUCUUCCUCAGAUUUAGAAAAAUUCAGCUGAACUUCCAAAGUAGAAAGCUUUUACCCCGCUCGUGUGUAUUAACAUUUUAAUACUCACUGCACAUUUUGUGCAGCUUCCUAUGAUAAUAAAGGGAAAUUUAUGUGUAAUACUGCAAGUCCUCAGUGUAUUCUGCUCCCGAAUGUUUUUGUAUUAUGUUUUAGCCAAUGAUUUAUUUUUCUCAUAUAUUUAGUAUUGUUAUUGUUAAUUAAUAUUUUGUUACCACGGAAGGAAAGCUUGGUUCUUUUGCUGAUGUAAUAAAUCAGCCUGUGUGGUAGUACUGCCCUGAUACCAUUCUGACAUGGAGAUGGGAAUUAUAUGACAAUUUGUAAAAAGAUUAAUAUGUUAAACCUCACUGGUUUUUGCUUAGUCUACAUGAGCUAGGUGGCAUAUAAGGGUAAUUUUUUUUCUGUGGAAGUGUGAAAUACUUUAUCUGUAUCAUAUAGAUAUUUUCACAGAGUACCUUGUUGAUAUGUGGAAUUUCUGAUACAAGUUGUGCAACAGACCUGGGUUAGUAAGGGCUACCUCCAAUCCUAGUGUCUAAUGCCUAGAACUUAGUGGCUUUAUUAAGCAUCAGUUGAAACAAAAAAGUAUACUAGAACAUUGUCAGUUUUGGACAAGAGGUUGGGCAAGUCAGAGUUAAUACUAUAAACCCUCUUGUUUUGGAGAUACGCUUUACUACUAGCAUGCAAGAUCAACUUUUUUUUUUUUUUUUUUUCUAAUCCUCCCACACACUUGAUUUGUGAGACCCUUAAUCUGCCAAAGAGGCAGGUCAAGCCAGUCUGUGAAUUGCUGAGCCUCUGCAGGUCCCCUUGUAGUUGCUGGUGCUGUUUACGCUUCAGGCAGGCCCUGGAAACGCGGUGGGUUAAAAGGUAACAUUAGUCUGAACUGGGAAUUAGAUCCUUUCAGUAAACUGUGGUGCUUUCUAUUAGCUAAUGUACGAUGGUGCACUGGGUUCUAAUAGGAGUCAAACAGGGUACAGAGUUUUGUUGUAAUUUUUUUUUUUUUUUUUUUUUUUUUUUUUUUACAAAAAGAAGAGAUAGUUGUUGAAAUUGAUUUUGUACGUUAUCAGAGAAACAUUAAAAUGAUAGAUUAUAGUCUUCAGAUCUUCUACUACUUUAAUUUAUCAAGUGUGCUUGUGGAUUGUGCACAGAACGUGAAGCGUUAAUAUCAUGGUUAGAAAAGCUCCUUGUUAAGGUGGCAGUGUAAUAAAUCUGCCCACGGAAAUGCCUAUUGCUCAAUGAUGUCAUUCCUAAUGUCACCACCACCUACUUUUUGGGGAGUGAAUGCCCCCCGCCCACCCCGCUGAGACGAGGUGCAUCUGCGGGAAACUUGAUUUAGGAGAGGAACGGGUGCCGAGCAGGCGCGCAGCGCUGCGCUGCGCUGCGCGUCGCUGCAUUGCGCGCCCGCGGCAGCAGGUGGCACCAAAUUUUCAUGGCACGGGAGGAUGCUGAGCCCGUCCCCUUCCCCCUUCAGUGCUUCUGCCGUUUUUCCAGGAGAGGGAGUCCUUACCCAAGCGAUGGGUAGCAGGUCUGCCCGAGCGCUUCCUUCUCCUGGGUGGUGGCAAGGAGGGAAAGAAAGUCUCUUUUGUCUCUAGUUCUCCUUCAGGCCAUUCCCCCCCUCCUCUUAGUAUAUGGGGGGUGGGAGGGAAGUAAACAAACUGCCUUAAAACUCAAAACGUGAAACCUGUCCUGAAACUCACUUGAAGUGUCUUGGAAUGAACCAGCAAUAGACCAUGGAAAAUGAUUUACUUUAAAUCUAUGCAAACACCACAACCUUUUUUAGAUAAGAAAAGCUCUGUUAAUACAACUUAAAACUCAAGGGUAGAAAAUGCUAAUUGCUUUAUCUUCUUUGUUUGCUUAGGUUGCACUUGCCUUUCUGUGAAUUUCUGCUAAUUUUUUUAAAAGGUGGCUGUAAGUUGUAUUUUGUACAGCGUUUUAAUUGAUUAUUUGCUCUGCUCUGGAUUUGUGCUAUACUGCCAUUAGAUCUUACAAUAAUGUUCUACUCUGCAAAUUUUUAAGGUUCAAAUAAAGUUUAAUUGUUUGCAAA